AUGUCCGGCCUCAGGCGGCGCGGGUGCUUCCCGUUGAGCCACGGGUUUGCCUUUCUGCUGUGGCUUGGCAUCGUAGCCACCGCAAUGCUCAGCCUUGCGCAUGGGGCCGUAUCUGAUGGCUUGAGCCAUCCUACUUGUGCCACUUGCAGUUGCUAUGCCGCUGCCACAGAAUUUUACGUUGACUGCACCGGGGUUGGGCUCACAGCAAUUCCUGACCUUCCGACCAACGCCACCGUCGUCACUCUUCGACGCAACUUCAUUCAGGUCGUCGGUGAAGGGGCCUUUGACGCCGUGCCCAGCCUUCGCUACCUGCAUCUGCAAAGCAACGGCCUCACCAACAUGGAAGCCGGCGCCCUCCGAGGCCUCACCUUGCUUCAGGCCCUUAACCUGGCCGACAACGCGCUUGGUACCUUUGCCCUUGAUGACCUCGCCGCCUCUGCCGCCGCUUUAACCGAACUCGAUCUGAGCUCCAACAGCUUGUCGGUGUUUGAUGGUAGCGUGAGCAGCCAUGCCACCAACCUUGAAACAUUGAUUUUACGAGGCAAUGACAUUGUUUCCGUGACCAAUCUGGCCAGCCUAACCCAUUUGCAACAUUUAGACCUAAGUUCCAACCGGCUCACGAGCGUGUCAGCCACUCUAGUCAACGCUCUCCCCGAAUUACGGCAGCUCUGGCUACAAGACAAUGCCAUCACGCGCCUUGAUACAACGCCCUUUGUAGCGCAAACCCAUCUUGAAAAACUAUCUCUGGCCUCCAACCUCUUGACGCAAUUGCCAACCAGCAUGCUUGCCGCUACGACGGCUCUCAAUAGCUUGGAUAUUUCUGAAAAUAGCCUGACGAGCAUCGGGCAGACGCUGCUGGCGGGCCUAUCGCAGCUUGCAUCUCUGUCGUUUGCCAACAAUGAGAUUGUCAGCUUUCCCUCCCUUCCCACUUCCAUCAAUGCGACCUGGGUCUCCGGCAACCCUUUUGACUGUUGCGGCAUGGAGUCCCUGGUGGGCACAAGUUAUAUCAUGGAUCUGGCAGAAAUCACGUGCAAUCGUCCUCAAAAUGCGGCAGGCCUCAAGCUAGUUGAAGUUGCCACCCCAAUCACCGUCUGCAAUACGACUUUACCUGACCAGCCUCCGGCGGCCUCGGUCGUAUCGAUUGCAGCAACCACGAUGCAGGCGCAGUUGCACGUUGUCCAUGGAAAUGCUUUUGAGCCCGUCUUCUAUACAGCCUCCUACACCGGACCUGGUGGUGCUGUGACCAACACCACCUGCCCCGCUGGCUAUGCGCCUGUCCUCUAUACGGACCGUCUGCUGCCAGAUGCCCCUUGUGAAUACUUGCAGCGCGAUGCAACCACAAACGAGCUGGUCGACCCCAUCUUGGUUGAUUUGUCAAACCUCAAGCCCUACACCAAUUACACGUUGACCUACAUUGCCCACAAUGAGCUGGGUGCCAGCCUAGCCGCCCCGCCCCUCUCCUUUCGUACCCUUGAGAGUGUCCCGGAGGCGCCUGCCAGCAUCAGCUUCCUUGGUGCCACCAGCCGUACCCUCAACCUGAGUGUCACUGCUCCUGCUGUGGCCAAUGGCUUUGAAUUGGAGCUGUAUACUAUGGGAGGCUCCUUUGUUAGCACCCUCUCCGGUGAUUCGGGUCACUUUAUGGCAAGCGGUCUUGAGCCAUACACCACCUACAGCGUGCGUGCCCGUGUGGCCACGGCCAUUGGCAGCGGUCCCUGGGGCGGCAACUUUACGUUCGCCACACUUGAAGACCUUCCGAGCAGCAGCCCGACUAUACUCAGCGCGCAAGCCACGUCCAGUAGUCUGAAUGUGACGUGGGCUGCGCUGAGCACGGGCACUAACGGCAUCAUCACAGGCUAUGCUGUCUACUUGGACGGCGCUUCCGCUUGUGUUGUGACAAAUCAGUUUUGGUGUGAAGUCACUGGCUUGAACCCCGGCACCACACAUACGUUCCAGAUUGCAGCAGCGACCAGUCUGGGCUACGGUCCCAACAGUUCAUCUUAUCCAGUGCAAACUUUGCCAGCCGCUCCUGCGGGCAUGCCCACCCCCAUGGUGAGCAACGUCACUUCGACAACUGCUCGGCUGCAAUGGACGACACCGGCGCAGCCCAACGGUGCCAUCAUCAAGUAUAUUGUGACAGUCACCUCCCCAACAGCCUCCAAUGGCACUAUUGAGCUACCCGGAAAUCAAAUCGCAUAUGAACUGAUUGGACUCAAGCCCCACACGGUCUAUCACGUUGCAAUCCAGCCGUGGACUUUGGCGAGCCCUGGCAAUUUCAGCAGCCCCAUCGUUUUUACGACUCAAGAAGCUGUGUCUGUCGGGGUGCAGGCCCCUGCAGAGGUCUCAACCACAUUCAACGGCACAAUUUUGCACCUGAUCACGCCCGAGCAGCCAAAUGGUGCUAUUCUCUACUUUAACGUGUAUGUCCUUGAGCAGGUUCAAGUCUUGGACGGCUACGAGCCCAAAGUCAAUACAACCAUGUUUCUUGUGGCCCAAAGCAAUUCAACCAUGGUCACGCUUGGUGGAUUGGCACCCGCAACGCGUUAUACCUUGGCCUCGACAGCCGUGACGUCGGCCGGCGAAUCCGCUCAAAGCGCGCCCAUCGUUGUCCAAACCGCCGACUCUG